AUGGCAGACACACAGCAUUAUCCUCCACGGGUCUGCCGCAUCUGCCUAGAAAGCGUGCUGCCUACUUUCCAACCCUCAGAAUUCCUCCAGAAGCCUCGAGUGGUUUAUGAAUCCUCAGAUCCAGAAUCUGGUCGUCUGUUAAGCCCUUGUCAAUGCAAAGGUUCCUCGCGUUAUGUUCACGAGGGCUGCUUGCAGUCAUGGCGCCAUGCCGACCCCAAAUAUGGGACGAGAAACUUCUGGCAAUGUCCCACCUGUGGCUUCCAGUAUCGCCUGGAGCGACUGACUUGGGCUCGGUGGAUCAGUAGCACCACUACCCAGCUAAUCCUCACACUCCGCAUUCUUUUGUUAACCGUAUUCCUGCUUGGAUUCAUUGCUGACCCCAUCAUUGAUUUUUACCUGGGCCCCGUGGAUAUCUACGCUGAAUUGGUCGAGGAAGAUGCAUCCUGGUUAGGACACUUCCUUAAAGGACUCGCGUCUUUGGGCCUGUUAUCCUUCCUCAAGGCAAUCUUUGCGCUGUCGCCUUUCCCUUGGAACCUCCGGUCUGUCGCAUCAGGGCGCAAUUCAGGCCGUAAUCGGGCCGCCCAGUUGAACUGGCUAGUGGUCAUGGUUGGCAUUGGCACUUUCCUUUGGGCUGUCUACAAAGGUGUUCGGUCAUGGAGUAGACGGACGCUGGAAAAGGCUGGCGAGCGAGUCAUGGAUGUCCCACUACCAGGUGAGGACAAUGGUACGGACGUUCCAGUGCCGGACGACGCUGGAGUGAAGGAAGAAUAG